CACCAAAGCCAAACUAAUUGCAUUUUUAACUACGAAUUCUGACAACUCAUCUUGACUCAACUUGACAACCGUUCAAUAUAACCUACAAUAAUAUAAACAUAACCACAAUUACAAAGUUAGGUUAUAUUGUUGGUACCUUUAAACAUUUUGACAUUUAAUCAAAGAUUAUAAUGUGUUGAAAAAAUUGUCAGUGAAUAUAAAAUCCCGUUCAAUGUGCAGUACAACAUGCUGCCCGCCUGCUUACUGCCGGUAUCCCAGUGCACCAGCGGCAUGUUGCUACCAAUAUUGUUCCCCCUGUUCCCCCUGCUGCUCGCCUGUAAGGUGCUGCUCGCCCGUAAUGUGCUGCCUUCCCUCCCCGCCGUGCUGCCCGCCCCCCUGCUGUCCUGACGACGGCCAAAGGAGACGUCCAGAGAAAAUAUCCGACAUGCCCAUGGGGGGAGGGGGAGGAGGAGACGAUGGUAAAGAUGGUAAAGAUGGAAAAGACGGUAAGGGUGGCAAAGGCGACAAAGAUGAUGGAAAAGGUGGUAGAGGCAAAGGUAAAAAGGGCAAAGGAGGGAAAGGUAAAAAAGGCAAAAAAGGCAAAGGUGGCAAAAAAGGCAAAAAAGGUAAAAGACCCAAAGAACCAGAGACCCGAUCGGCACCAUUGCCAGAAGGAAUCUAUCCAGGUGGACCAGGUAGAUUCAACCCGAAUUGUCAGCCUUUAGCCUUGGGAAAAUGUACUUGUAUGGUGCCGAAACCAGCCUCGAACAGAACAUGCUGCUGUAAAAAUCCUAAGCCUGCCCCUCCUAAAUUAUGUUACCCUUGCACUUGUGGAAAGCCUACCACGCAAUGCGGAAGCUGCGGAGCCCCGAAGAGAUUAAAUAUGGGCGAUAAUGGAUCGAUUUGUGGAAAUUCAUUUGGACAAGAAUCGAUAUGCGGAAAAUAUAAUCUAAUCCCAAACCAAACUGGGGACUCUACCUGCUGGAGCUAACCAAAAUGCAAUGUCUUUCGAACAAUAAAUAAUUUACUCAUUUAGUCAAUGUAACAUAACUUGUCAAAAUGACACAUUAAAUCGUAAAUGUUAUUCUGGGUAUAUCAGUCAUGAAAUGCAAAAAUCGUUUUCGGGAUUUUUUCAUUUAAUUAUGUAAAAUUUUAGCGUGCAAAAGCAGGUUUUGUUUGUAAAAUGUGGGACCAGUUCCUAAACAAAACCGUCCAUCAGUGUUAUACUUUGACCAACGAUUUUAGAGGCUUCAAAAAAACCGAUUUGUUUCCAGUUGAAUCGAAGAACAACUCCAGAAAGCCGAUAAUCAAGCAGCAAAAUGAUAAAGGUACUUCAUCAAGACAUCCGCCGAAUUUAACAGUCGGUGUCUAUAAAGAUAGUCCAGGGUAUUUCAAGUAUUUCAAGAAGAAGAAGUUGCAAGCAAUAGCGGAAGAAAAGGUUACUUUGGAAGUAAAAUGCACCAAAGCUAUUCUUCAUAAACCCAUAGAUGAUUUAAGAUUAAGAAUUGGAUUAGUCCACGAUACUGUGAAAACUAUCGCUAAAAAUUUAAAUGUUUGUAAGCAAAUUAAAGAUGGGUACAAGAAAGCAAUCAAGUCUAAAAGAGAUAUUAUUUUGAAAAAAGAAACGAUUAAGAAAAACGUUAUUAAAGAAAAGAAAGAUUCCAUUGAACAUAGUGUAAAUAAGACAAAGGAAAACGAUAAAAUAUUACAUAAAGGACAAGGUGAUUUAGGCAAUAAAAAACUUACUGAAGUUCAAAAACAACCAGUGGAAAGUAAACCUAAACCUAAACCAAAACAACUGUCAGUAUUCUCCAAGAACUUCGUAUCCAAAAUUCCUCAAAAAAUUGCUUUGAAAAAGUUCAGAAUGCAUUUUACUAAUAAAACCAUAUCGGAGAUAAUUCUUAGCGACAAACUUGCAAGUUACGAACCAAAAUCAACCAGAACGGAAACCUUAAAUGUUAAAGUAAUUAAACCGUGGAAACCUAUGGAGUUGAAAUCAAAUAAAUCAGUUAAAAAAAGUAUAAUUCAAAGGACGUAUGUUAAAGUGGAAAAUGGUCCAAUUAUAUGUGUUAAAAUUCAGAAGGAACCAUUCAAAUUUAAAUACGUAAGUCCAAAGUGAAGAAACCGUUAACAGAUAUUUGGGGUCUUUAUGUAACUUUUUGAGACUUUUUGUUUUAUCGAAAUGCAGUUUUGCACUUUGUUUUUAUUUUUAUUUUUUUCUUUACUGUGAGAAAUUUCAUUUUUUUAAAUAACUUUUUUAUUUCAAAACCUAUCGAUUUG